AUGGGAUCUAAUGACCAACAACACGAAAAUACUAUCUCUUUGGAUGAUUUUCUUGUCUCUAUGAAUCCGGACGACUCACAAAAUUCCGACUCGCACGAUGAUUUUGAUUACGCUAGACAAUUGGCACUUGAAUCAAAUCCAUUUGAAUCAGAAAUUGCGGAUCAUUCGAUCCAACGUACGCCAGACUCGGCCGAUAGCUUUUUUUCUGCAAAUUCACAUCUUGACUCUUCGUUGGAAAUGAUGAGUGGACCCGCGCUAGCUUUGGAGCCACCUACACCUAUUGAAUACCGAUUUCAGACUCCAACUAUCUCUGCUUCUGCACGCGCUCUUAGCCGACUCCAGACUGAUUUCAAUAGCAUCAUACAAGCGCCUUACCAACAUCAGUCAUUUGAACCUGCUCGCCUUCUUGACCCAGCUUGCGGCGGUGCACAGUCGUCUCCUAUCAGUCCGCAACCCGGCUUAUUCAGUCCUUCUACGUACUCAGAUGAAGCAUCCUUCAUGAGCCCUUUGAGCUAUGGCGCGCCCAUCGCCCGACGUCAGCAAGGUCAUCAUCGUGAUCUGUCUGCUGCUUCAUCCCUCGGUAGCUCAAGCUCGAGUCUACAAUUUGAUUUCCCUCAAGCCAUUGACCCUAGUGCACUUGCCCCACCACUCUUGCCUUCCUCAACUACGCAUAUCAUCUCUCCGUUCAUCAAUCAAACUGUCGAGCAGGGCCCCGAUGGCUCAUUUACAGGAAGAUACCAACGUCCACUCACUUCAACCGGAAGACCUUCACAUGCUCGUAAAACCCCGCCUGGUCAUGUCAAACGUCCUAGGAACGCUUUCAUCCUUUUCAGAUCUCACGCUUGCGCUGCCAAUCUAAUUCCACCUACCGUAGAAAAAGAUCAUAGACAAAUCAGUAGGAUUGUAAGUCAUAUGUGGAAAAACUUACCAGCUGAAGAGAAAGGGCGAUGGGAACGUGAAGCAGAACAGGAGAAAGAAUUACAUAGAAAAUUACAUCCUGAUUAUCGUUACAAACCAGUUUAUCGUAAAGAUGGACCAGCAAAGAAAAAAAUAUCUACCGGUAGACGUAAAGCUGCGAAUCGAAAAUCACCUGUUUCAGAAACUUCACCUAAUUCAAUGAUAGAAGAAACAGAAGAAACAUUACUUCAAAGAGAACAAGAAAGAAAUGAAGCAUUGAGAUGCGAAGUAGUAGCAAGGAUUGUGAUGGAAACUAAACUAUCAGGUAUUUCAAUGGAAGAAGGACAAAUGGAAGCAAGAGUUUCUGAAGAGAUUCAAAACGUGAGACGAAAGGAUCCUCAAGCUGAUAAGAUGGUAGUAGAAAAACGAUUACCUCCAUCACUUUUACCCCGUCGUAAGUCUAGAGCUAUCAGUGCUCCUCCACCACCUAGUCCAAUCAGGCCUAUGCACGUUCACGAUGUAGUCUAUAACCCGAAAUCUAGAGGAAGUCGAGAACUUUCGCCUGAUUUCCCAAAACCUCGAGGAAACGACUCAACUUCUUCAAAUGGUUUAUCCGAACAACCUUCACCAUACUGGGCUACACCCAUGUAUAUUCCAGAUGAAGAUUAUCCAUCAGCGUUUGAUUAUACUACUUUAGCAGAUCUAAGUGGCUACGAGUUUGGAUCGAAUGGUGUUUAUUUAGAUGGUAGUCAAAUGGACCUUAGUGGCUUUGAUCCUUCAAUCAAUCAUUUUUCUCCUCGUAGACCUUCUGUGAUGUUAACUGGUUUAGGUGAAUUUCCAUUAAUGCCUGUUGAUACUUCUUCACCUACUUAUGGACCUACAGAUGAUCUACCAGAGCAUCCGAUCUCUGGACUUACCCUAGCUUUACCAGCAGAUGAAAACGCUUUAGUUCAAUUUCAAAACCCAUUUGAAAGGAAUCAAUCUCAACCUCAAAAUCAAAAUCAACAUCUAGCAUCGUUGGAAAAUGAAAUUAAAUCAACUAAACCUACCUAUGUUUUCUUAUCACGUGAUCAAGCCCUCAAUGAGGGAUUGGUUGAUCAGAUCAGAUCUGCUGGAUUCGGUGUAACUUAUGAAGCUUGA